AUGGCAUCGAGUCCACAAUGGACGCACCUCCAGUUUCCGUUCGCUUCAGCCGGCGAGGUGUUAGCAGCGGGCGUCGUUCUCCCCAUCGUCUGCCUCGCAUGUGUAAUGCUUCGUUUCGUCGCUCGAGGAAGUCAAAAGGUUCGCCCUGGUCUGGACGACUGGUUGCUCGUUCCUGCAGCGGUUAUGGUAACUGGAAUGGGCAUAUGCUUCAUCUACGGCUACUCGGUCCACGUAAUGGGAUACCCGACACCCUACCCCAUGAGCGACGAUCCCAAAAAGGCAUUAGCGAAGUACAACCAUGCCUACGAAACCGAAGCCAAGAUCGAAUUUUACUUCCAGCUCUUCAUGAUCGCAGCGUACGGCUUCAUCAAAGCCAGCAUCGUUAUCUUCUAUCGUCGUAUUUUCGUCUCGAACAAGAAAUCCCGCUUCGCCAUCAUCUCCAACAUCUGCCUCACUGUAACGGUGGUGUGGGCAGUGGCAUUCUUCCUCCUGUUUUUAUUCGGCUGUAAGACAAAAGUCUACCUCCAUUGGGCGCCUCUCCAGGAAGUAAGGGAUCAAUGUGGAGACCCCCUUGCUGCCGAAACGGCCCUGGUCGUCUCGGACCUCAUCACUGAUCUGGCAAUCCUGCUCCUGCCCUUUCCAAAGAUAUGGGCACUCCAAAUGUCUGUGCGACGGAAGAUUGCCCUCAGUUGUAUAUUCGGGGUGGGGUUGAUGGCACUGUCAGCCUCCAUCGUGAGACUGGCCAUUUACCUGAUUGUCUUUCUGGUUGGAUAUGAGGCUGGAUAUGACCCCGAUCAAACCGUGACCACAAUGCUCUGGUGGAGCAUGAUUGAAGCCAGUCUGGGUUUAAUCGCCGCGUGCUUACCCACCCUCCGUCCGGUGGUUUACUCCGCACGAGGUUGGCUCCUGCGUGAAGGCCGAAUGGGCUUUUCUGGUCGGUGGAGUCGAAAGCUUGCAUCCACCGGCGAUCGAACAUCCGUGGGUGGGACGGGGACCUCGUCGAUGGAUGCGAAUAAGUCUAGCUCGGUCGUUAUCCAGGAGCCCAGAACGAUGGUGUAG